AUGCUCGUCAAGAAUUGUGGAUAUAUUGUUUGCACCUAUAUGUCCGAUGGUUUUAUGAAGGAUAUGUAUAGACUGGCUUCAGUGCCGUGGUGGUAUCAACCACAAUUGAAGGUUCGAGUACCGAGUGGCACUGAGCGGAAACUGAUAAAGGCGAAAGUCCUCUCAUUAAUACAGGAGUGGUGUGAUGCAUUUAUACUGCGGGAAGGGCAGCUGGAGAGCCUCUUUAAAGCGUAUAAGGAAUUACGUCGUCGCAAAGAACCGUUCCCUGCUCGUGAUGAAACUGUGAGAUUCCAAAUCAAAGGUGCUGAGGAAUCGCCUGCGCUCAAUCCUAGUUUGGCCACUACGAAACAUACCACUGCGGAGACGAAGGCGAUGGUUUUGUCGCCCUCGGAGGUCGAGAGCUUGCGCACCGCAGUUAAGGAGAUUUACUCUACUCCUAAUCUUCCAAGGAAAAAAUUUGAAGCAGAUUAUUCUGAGGCAAGAGCAGGCCGGUCGCGGCUACGGGCUACCAUUGAGAGAGCGUUCGAGGAUGGCAAGGAGGACUCGGUAGAGUUGAGCGAUCUACUUACACUGGCUGACAUGCUCGAGGAAGUGCUUAAUCGGGUAGAGGCCACGGGCUGUGGGAAUCGAGGUUCAUCCGUGUUGUUGUCGUCAUCUUUGAAGGACCGGUCGGAGUCGCCGAAUGAGUCUGAAAGGCCUUCUGCGUUGCCUCAAGUUUCAGCGCCUGAUAUACUCUCUGGGGAUCCAUCUGAGAUUCCCCCUCCACCUCCUCCAGAGAUGGUGCCUGAUGUCGCAACUCAGAUUGAAAAUGACCGUCUCUUGGCGUUGUAUCUGCAGGACCAGGAAGAAAUGCGCAAUAUGGAGUUCAAUGGAUAUAGGGAAGCUCAUCUGACUGGGGACUGGCGGCGAGGGCAGCACGUUGGCCCUAAAGGGUCUUUGCUCAUCGCGGAGGGGCCUGAUCCUAUCGUAGUUACCUCUCGAAAACACGCUGGCUCUGUGUCAAACGUGCCGGCCCAUCGUAUUCGACUAGAGUCGUACUCCUCGGGGCCGGCUGAGGCAACAGACCAUGACCACACUGGAGCUGCAUAUACGGGCCUUAGACAGGUGGUGAAUGGCCUGCUCUUGGCGAGGAAAACUAAGUCGAGGGAGGGAAACGGUCAUAUUAGUGAUGAUGAAAUUGAGGAGUUCCUUGACGAUUCGGCCCGCAACGGUGGUCGGGGACAGCAGGAGGCUAGCUCUAUCGUGGUGCCUGUUUCUGAUGAAUGGAGUGUGGUACGGGAGCAGGGCAGCGGAGUGUCCUAUUGGCACAACAACACCACUGGUGA